GGUCAGCGUGUGUUCUCGCCAAUGUUUGUAAAUUGUAGUCUGGAGACACCGCUGUGUAGAUCUCAGCGCGCAAAUGUAUUUUCUAAUGUUUAUAAACCCUCCUUGUUCGGAUUUUAUUUAAAAAUUACUGGUCUUCAGAAACAGCGGGACAGAAAAAUCGUGUCGGCGUUGUGGAUCUCAAGGAAACGAACCAGGUGAUGCCUGAAAGCUCUACGACAGGCUGAAAGAGAGAAUAUAAUGGUCCUUAGUCAGAUGGAUGCCGGUAAAGCUUUGACGGCGGCGGCAGCCAAAGGGAAGACGAGCGAGGUGCAGAGGAUCCUGGAGGAAUGCAGGGUGCAUCCUGAUACUCUCAAUGAGUUCAAUAGAACGGCGUUACAGGUGAUGAUGAUGGGGAACUCCAAGGUUGCCAGUUUGCUGUUGGAAAAAGGAGCGGACCCCAACGUGCAGGACAAACAUGGGAUAGCGCCUGUGCACGACGCUGCACGGACAGGCUUCCUGGACACGCUGCAGGUUCUGGUGGAGUACGGUGCCUCUGUAAACAUCCCGGACCAGAGCGGCGCCCUGCCUAUCCACAUUGCCAUCCGGGAAGGCCACCGGGAUGUCGUAGAGUUCUUGGCACCGCGGUCCGACCUGAAGCACGCCAACAUCAGCGGUCAGACGGCCAUAGACGUGGCCCGAGCUUCGUGUGUGCCUGAUAUGAUUGACUUGCUUUUCGCUCACAUUCAUAGUUAGUCAGAUGUCUGGGUGCUGGAUGCCCGCUGGGCGACCCCGACCUAACUUUUCUUUGCUUCAAACCUGGUGACUUGAAUUCAUUGCUGUGUAAAGGAUUAUUUGUUUUGUUAAUUUGCACAGUGCAGUUUAGGCACCUUAUAUACUAUCUGUUGUCCCUAUUGAUUGGGAGUGCACAUUUGUAGAUAGUUUCCCCAGUGUUUUUGUAAUGAUUGCAUUAUUUACAUUGUGUAAUUGUAACAGUUGUAUGUGUUUUAAAACAUUUCUUUUUUUGUUGUUUUUCGUUUUUUACAAAACUUGACAUGGUGCACCCUGAUUGCUUUACAUAGUUUUGUUUCUCUUAAUUAGAUGUACUUAGACUUUGAAUUUACUCUUAUUUAUUGUUGGAAUAGGACUGAAUAUUCCCGUGACUUUGUAAAUAGUGACAUUUAUUGUGAUUUGUUGAAAUGUUAUUUAUACAAAUACUUUUAAAACAAGUGAGAUUAUUCACUUUAAUAUUUGAAGAAGAAAGCACAAAAUAAAGUGUUGAACUUGAA